AUGGUAGAAUAUCAAUUGGUCAGGGACAGGGUUAGAAGGGUUCCCAAACCUAAUCCUAAGUACAGCUUCAAUAUCUGGAAUGAGGAUACAACUUAUACAUUGUUAAGUAUUCUAGAAGGACAGAAGAUAGAACCAGAAACUUAUGAAGAAGCUAUUAAAUGCAAGGAUGCAAAGAAAUGGAGUAAGGCAAUGGAUGAGGAAAUGGACUCCUUAAAGAAGAGCAAGACCUGGAUAUAUGUUCCUAGACCUAAAGGGAAGAGUAUAGUGCAAUGCAAGUGGCUGUUCAAACAGAAAGAAGGGAGAAGCAAGGAUGAACCAGUGAGGUACAAGGCCAGAUUAGUGGCUAAAGGGCUCACUCAGAAGGAAGGAGUUGACUACACAUAA